AUGUCUGAGAGUAGUACCAAUAUCAAUAACAGAUCAAUGUCUUCAGACACUCGUGAUAUCAAUUCAUCCCAUACAAAGACUAAAAGCUCACCAACAGUGCCGAUAAUGAAUUUUACACAUUCAAGAAGAUCAAAUACAGAUAAUUCUUUCUCAAGAAAUAAUAAUAUCCCAAUAAUAUCAAACAAAUCACAGGUAAUGAAAAGAUCAUCUAUUUUGAUGGAAACUACCAUCAAUGAUGGAUCCUUCCACAGACCAAUCGCAAAGAAUGAUGUUUUAUUCAAUAUGCUCUCAAUGAGAACUUCUAAAAGACCAGAACUUUCCAGACCAAAACGACCUUUGUCUUCAAAUGAAAAUAUCAAAUCAAAACCUUUAAUAUUGCAGCCAACUAAAAAACCAAAACUGUCUUCGCCAAAAACUACAAGGAGGAGUUCUGACUUAUCAAGCACUGAAUCACGACCCAUUACAGGAAAAGGUACAUUUCAAAAUCUUUCUCACACAUCAACACCCUCAAAAAUAUCUUCUGCAAAACACCAUUCCAAAGCUAAUACAAACUCCCCAUCACAAAUCAACAGUGUAACCAAUCAACCUAUUGGAAAAGAAUCGCUUUCUGUAUCUAAGAUAGCAAAGGAAAAAACAACACCAAGUAAAUUGCCAAUUCCUAUCACCACGUCAAGAAAUACAACCCCAAAUAAAAUAAGGCAAGACACUUCCAUAAGUAGCACGAGCAUACCAUUGCUAAAUACUGAUAAAAAAGAAAUACAGAAUAAUCGUAUACCAAUUGUCAAUUCUGGCAUUGAAACACCUUUUAAAGAAAAUAAAAUUAAUGUGUCUAUACCGUUAAUGUCAUCUGAACAAAAAAUAAGUAAAAAACCGAAUGAUCUCUAUAGCGCUUUCAUACAUAAUAUAAACACUCCAAUAUCGACUUCCAACACAAUAUCAUCAAAACCAAUAACAAACGAAAAUGGCUCAGAAGAUCCACUACAACAAAAUGCAUAUACUAUGAAAAGAGGUGAAGAGCAUAUACGGGCUACAGCAAAAGCAUCUCCAAAUAUCAAAAUAUCAGAAACUAUGGAAUUGGCUCAAAACGGUAUUGCUGUAAAAACUAAUGACAAUCUUCCCAAAGCCGUUAAAGAAACUUCAGGUGCGGCAAUUUCACCUGUCCAUCCUACAUAUUCUGAAAAUCAUAAUUUGUCACAACUAAAUAACGAAAACAUCGUUGUUAGUCAAGAGGAAAAAACAAAUUCUUUUCUAUCUCAAUCCACAGGUAAACAAAUAAAUAGCCUUACAUCAGCCACAGUUACAAAGGACGUCGGAAAAGAUAAGGAUGCAUUAUCGGAGGUGUCCUCCAAAUCUUCCUCCUUAUAUCAUACCUCUAUGAAAGACUCUGUGGUUGAGACAGCUAAUCAAUAUAACAAAUUAACAAAUAAUAACUCUUCUAAACCUUCCCCAGGUGAACAAAUGACAUCUAAUAAGACUUCUAUUUUGUCAUCCUUUGACGAAAAUGUUGGGAAACAUGCUAGUAAAAAUGAAACUCAAUUUAAGUUUGACAUACAGAAAAUAGAAGAUACAAAACAAGCAAUAGAUAAGUGGACUAAUAUUUUAAAGAAAGAUAAAUCUAACAUAUCGAAGAACAAUGAAACAAACCUGUUGGGUAUUAUUGGAAAGGGACCAAUGCCUCCUUUGGACAUAUCAACUAAUGAAAGAACUACCGAGCAGGUAGCUUUAGACUUCUCAUCUCAAAUGCCAAGAGACACCCAUAGUCAGGAAAAACCAAUUCAGACAGAGGACAUGAUCAAAAAAAUAGGUGGAUUUAGGACCGUAAAUGGGAAUCAAGCAAAAGUGAAUGAAAUUUUACUGAAAAAGUCCCAAGAAUCUUCUCAGCUUGAUAGCAAUAAGCAAAAUACUUCACCUAGUAACGUUAUACACAACUUUAAUGCAGCUAUUGAAAAUCGAAACGUUGCUACUAUAUCUCCUAAGGAACCUUUGAAAAGUAUUACUAAUGCUGGCUCACCGAAAGGCACUCCCACAAUUCAGACAAAUAUCUCGAGCACUGUAAAUGCGUCGAGUGUUCCCGAAGAAGCUCUAGAAGAGAGCCAACGGACAACCCUUUCAAGGUCACAGAUAAUUAUCCCACCAACUGAAAAGCCAUCAACGACGAAAUUAAUAGAUGUUGUUCAUAAAUCACCUAUAGUGACCCCGAAACAACCCAGUACCGUCGAUGCUGUCCUCAAGGAUUUGAAUUCUAGGCCUGCAGAUGGAGAUUAUUCCAUGUCAGCUUCGUAUACUAAGAGUGGUGGUCUGAAGAGUUCGCCAGCUUCUCGUAAUAAGGUCAAGGCCUCAGUCCUUGAAUAUAAGCCUAAGGAAAGUCGAUUUGAAAAAAGUAAACAAAAACAUGGAAUUGAUGAUAGUUUAGCAGAUUUUGUAGCUAAGAAUGCGGCCAAAAUGGAGAUUAUUAGCGUUUCCGAUUUCGAUGUAGAGACUUCUGACGAGGAUUCUCUCGCUUUACCUAAGAAAGACGAGAAGAAAUUGGGUGAAGAUGAUGUUGAGAUAACUAACUAUCGAACUGUUGCGAAUUCUAAGUCGGCAUUUUCUUUUGAUUUUCCAGAAGAUAAGGAUAUUUCUUUUGAAAGGAAGAAGUAUGAUCAAUCCUUAACGUAUGAGGCUGUUAACAGAUUAGCAAAUCAAAAAAUAUACCAAUUUUCUACUAUUGCUGAUCUUAUUGAAAGUGGGAUUGUUGAGCAUGAUCCAUUGUGUUCUGAUCCAUAUGGCAGUGGUACAAAUAACAUCUGUUCUCCCUACAACUAUGAGUAUUCUCAUAUUUACCACUACCAACAAAUGCAUAAAAAUGAUCGUUUGAUAUAUGUCCCUGUGAUAUCUGCUCUUUCUGAUGAUUUCAAAUCGCACGGAAGCGAAUUAGUGCCGAAGGGUUAUCGUAGAAGUGAUUUUCUUGAUGAUUCUGUCAAAGUCGGGCGAAGCAGUAGAGUUAGCCAACACGGUAAACUGAAGUCUAUUAAUCUACCGACUCAUUUUGAUUCUUCCAAUACAAAAAAUUCUAUAGGUAACUCCAUAUCAUCUUUCGAAACUGAUAACAGUACUAUUGCAUCAAGAAUUGAUAAAUUAAGACAAAAUAAGGUGUCAAGUGAUGCAAAAUCUCAAUGGAUACAUGAUUGGUCCGAGGCACUCAAAACCUACAAUGUCCUGAUAAGUGACUUAGUUCCUAGUGGUAUUUCCAAGGAAGAGGCAAAAAAGAUCGAUCGAACUAUAAAGCAGAUAAAGAAGAUUUUUCAUGAUAAGCUCUCCACCAAGCUAGAGACAGAGUUUAGUGCUGAUAUAGAUAUUAUUAUUAUGCGAGGCGAAUUGCAUCAAUUCAAGGAUAUGUUAGAAUAUAGAAAGUACGAGACGAUAUCUAGAAAUCUUCCACUUGAUAAGAAAAUGAGGAUUUGGUCACUGAGUAAAACCUUCAAGUUUAUUAGCGAUUUAGGUGUCAAUAUUGAGAAAAUCAAUCCACCUAAACAAGUUGCAAUAGAUUCUCCAGUAAACAUUGAAAAAAAGAAUGAGAAACAGAAAGGCAAAGAAAAGGUGGUGGAUGAAGAGUCAGAACUUGGUAGCGACAAAUAUAAGGAUUUUACUGAGCCUAGUUUCACCACUAUCCUAACACCUGCUAUAUUGAAAGAAGAAUUAUAUAAUGGUAUUCCAGAAAAUUUGCUAAGUCAUGCAGUUGAAACUACAAAUGAAGGUUCGAAUCUGAGCAAAAAGAGUCAAAAUGAUAUUGCGCCUACGAAACCUAGUAGUGCAGAGGGUAUUUUUUCAAAGCAAAAAGAAAUUGGGCAAAAAUUCUUCGAGAAUAAUUCAACUGAUGUUUCUGAAGUGGCGAAGGCAUUAUCUUUUCUUGAAACUACUAUGACAAGUGCUACGAAUAUCGUUGAUACAAAAACAAAGGAGUUACAAGGUUUAAUUGCUGCAAAUGAAGAAAAUUCCAGGAUAAUCGAAUCGCUAAUUGAUAAAAUCUAUAAGGAUGAGAUUAGAAUAUCAUCCCUCGAAGUUAAGUUAAAAAUAAAGGAUAAUGAAACGAAGUUUUUGAAUGCUAGUCUCGAGCAAUAUAAAAACGUUGUACUUGAGAGGGAUUCAAAAAUUAAGCUAUUAAAUUCGCAGUUAGCAUUGAAAGUUGAUAGCACACGACAAGGACAAUCCAGGGAAGACUCUCGCCAUCUCACCAAUAAACGUGCAUACACGAUACACAAUGGCCUUAAUCUUUUAGAUCCUGACACAGGAACAGGAAAUCAGUGA